GUCAUUUUUUUCCUUCUAAAUUGCUUGUGUAUAUGUUGGAAGGAAGACCGGAGACAAGCUAGGCGGAUUUAACGGACUUUGCGUCUGUUAUGGACACCGAUUAAAGUGAUGUGGCACGGUCGCAGCUCCGGUUUAACCGCUGGAUUUGAGAGUUUCUUCGGCUGCUGUGGAUGAACCGGAGCCGGUGGCGGUCAGCUGGACAUGGCCAGCUCACACCUGGCUGAUCUGUCCCAGGCCUGGGAGAACUACAUGGACUGCCGCACACAGGGCGCAGAUCUGCAGGUCAGUCUUCAGUGCUUGGAGAGUUUUCUGUGCACGUUUCACUGUGUGCGACACCUUAGUGACCCCAGAGCAAAGGAUGCGCUCAAAUUCUGCUCGGACAUGAGUGGAGCCAGUAACACCCUGGCACGGGAGUUCCUGACGGAUGUGCACCAGCUGUGUAGUGCGGUGGCGCAGCGGGCGGAGGAUGAGGAGGAGAGUCACAUGGUGGCCCUGGGAGAGUAUCUGGUGCGCGGGCGUGGAUUCCUGCUCCUCAGCACGCUGGAAUCUGUCAUUGACCAGGAGUUGACCUGUCGGGAAGAGCUGCUUACGCUCUUAUUGUCUCUGCUACCUCUGGUCUGGAAGAUUCCUGUUCAGGAGGAGAAAGCCCCAGAUUUCACCCUGCCUUCACUACUCGAGGUGUUUCUUUGCCAAGAGGGAAGGACCAUCUCUCAAAAGGCGGGGCAGGAUCCAUGUGAUGUGCAGAACUCUCCGAAGCGUUUAUCUGGCUCCUGGAAGUCACGUCGCUCACGUAGGACAGCUCAGCGGUACUCUGUAAGGGAUGCACGCAAAUCUCAGCUUUCCACGUCAGACUCUGAAGCCAACUCGGACGAUAAAACCACAAACACUGGGAGCAAACAUCGCAGAUUCCAUAGUACGGCCAUUCAUGUUAGUUGCCAGCUUCACCAGUCCAACAACUCCUCGCAAACAGCACCGCAACAUCCCACUCUUGAUGCAAUGGGCACUAUUGAGCCAUCACAACCUCACCUGAGACUUUUUAGAUCUCACACAAUGGAUCCUAACAUGCUAUCAGACCCCACCACUCUCUCCAUCUUCAACCGCAUGGAGAACUCGCCUUUUGAUCUCUGCCAUGUUCUUCUGUCCCUUCUUGAAAAGGUCUGCAAAUUUGACAUGACCAUCAAUCAUAACCCAGGCUUGGCGGUCAGCGUUGUUCCCACCCUCACAGAGAUACUCACUGACUUUGGUGACUGCUGUGGUCCCAGUGGUGGAGGGGGAGGUGGGAUUGAAGAGUUAGCUGGAGGCUGGACUGAGGAGCCAAUUGCACUUGUUCAAAGGAUGCUUUUACGCACAAUUUUGCACUUGAUGUUUGUUGAUGUUGGUCAAAAUGAGACACUGCCUGAUAAUCUACGCCGAAGCUUGACUGACCUCCUUAGAGCAACUUUAAAGAUUCGUACCUGUUUAGAAAGACAAGCGGACCCUUUUGCUCCAAGGCCAAAGAAGACUCUGCAGGAGAUUCAAGAAGAUUUUUCCUUCUCAAGGUACCGUCACCGGGCCUUGCUACUGCCAGAACUCUUACAGGGUGUCUUACAGCUACUGCUGGGCUGCUUGCAGGCCUCUGCUCCAAACCCUUUCUUUUUCAGUCAGUCGCUUGAGUUAGUUCAUGAAUUUGUGCAACACCGUGGCUUGGAGCUCUUUGAGGUAACAGCUCUACGCCUUGAGGCCUUAGCAGAAGCUCACAAUUCAGAGAUUAGCAAUGAAGCAUCAGAGCAUCUGCGUUGUCUGAUAGCUGAUGUGCUUAAAAUAAUAAGUGCGGUCAAGAGGGCCAAGUCAGAGCAGCUACACCAGUCUGUUUGUGCACGUCGUAGACACCGUCGCUGCGAAUACUCACACUUCUUACACCAUCAUCGUGACCUCUCAGGGCUGCCGGUAUCUGCUUUCAAGCAGGCAGCUCGACGAAAUCCCUUUGAGGAGGACUCCAAGGGUAAUGAUGGAGAAGUGCGGUACCCUGAACGAUGUUGUUGCCUUGCGGCUUGCGCUCACCAGUGUUUGCGUCUUUUUCAACGCCUCUCGCCCUCAGGUCCUGCUGUGCUUCAGGUGCUUGCAGGAGUGCAAGCUGUUGGCAUCUGUUGCUGCAUGGAUCCAAGAUCGGUAAUUGCACCAAUGCUCCAAGCAUUUCAGGCUCCAGGAUUGCGGAGCUACCAGUCCCAUGUGUUGAGUGUUCUUAGUAGACUUGUAUUAGAACAGCUUGGAGGAGGUCAACCCUCGGAAAAGGCCAAGCUUGCCUCAUGCAAUAUUUGCACAUUGGAUAGCAGCCAGUUACCUGGUCUUGAAGAGACUCUGCAGGGAUGUGGACCUAAGAAAGAAUUAAACUUGUCUACAUCCCCAUCACCAUCCUAUCGUUCCCAAGGUAUUCUUCCCAGCGGAGGAGCUGAAGACAUCCUAUGGAAGUGGGAUGCUUUGGAAGCUUAUCAGGAACUUGUAUUUGGGGAGGACUGGCAUUUGAGUCAACAGAUUGCCAGUCAUGUAUGCCAGCUGACUUUGCGUGGCAAUGCAGUGGUGCAGUGGCAACUCUACACUCAUAUUUUUAACCCUGUCCUUCAGCGAGGUGUGGAAUUAACCCAUCAUGCACAGCAGCUUGGUGUGUCAACUACCUGUAGCCAGGUCUGCAGUUACCACACACAUUGUCUCCCAGUUGAGGUACUGCUGGUUUAUCUACAAACUCUGCCUGCUCUUCUGAAGUCAAGCCGGGUAGUACGUGACCUGUUUCUGAGUUGUAACGGACUGAACCAAGUCACCGAGUUGAUCUACUUGGAUUGCACUCGUCCAUGGGCGCUAAAAGUGUUCGAGACACUUAUUUUAAAUGCAUGGCGAAAUCACACCGAAUCUGCCGUGCAUGAGCUAGAAAGAGCCGAAGCUCAGGAAAGGGAAGCUGUUCUUGGACUCGUGGAGGAACUAAGUACACGUGGCACCGGUGAUGCCCCCCAGAGCCUCACCAAGUUUUACGAAGGCCUGAAAGAGGCAUGUCCUCCUCCAAAGGGCAAAAGUGAAACAAGCGAGUUUUCUGGAGUAGGACGUAAUCGAGGCGAAGCACAUUUGAACACCAUCAACCUUUUCCUGUGCGUUGCUUUCCUGUGUGUGAGCAAGGAAGCAGACUCAGACAGAGACUCGGCUAAUGACUCUGAAGACACCUCAGGUUAUGACAGUACAGCUAGUGAACCUUUAGGCGGGCGCCUACCUUGCCUGUCUCCAGAUAGUGUGGCUCUUCCCUCUAAAGAGCAGGUCCGGAGAGCUGCUGAUGUUUGGUCAGUGUGCCGUUGGGUCUACAUGACCAGUCCAGUGUUCCAGAGGCAGUUCUUCAGGCUGGGAGGUCUAGACGUCUGUUCACGUUUAAUGACAAUGGUCAUUCAGAAACUCACAUCUAAAAACAAAGACUGUAAAUUUAAGAAAAAGAGGGAGAGUAAAGGCAAAAGCAGUCCGUCUCGUGAAGACUCACCUACUCGAUGUAUUACAGGACACUUUGACAAUAUGGUGACAAAUGCAGGUACAGCAGAAACCCAGCAUCCUGAACUAAGUGACACUGUCAGCCUCUCUCAGACAGAGAGCAAGUCAAGUGAUCCAAUGCACAGGCUUGAAGAGGAAUGGCCUUUUCAGAGUAUUCGACUCCUGGAGGCACUUUUGGCUAUCUGCCUCCACAGUGCCAAUUCAGCCUUACAGAGGCUUGAGCCAGAUCUUUCCUUUCAGCUGCAGUCUGUAGAGGAGACCCUGUGUGAGGUCAGGGAUCAGCUCUCUCGCUCUGGAGUGGUCAAUUCUGAGCUGGCCGUUCCUCUGUUUGAUUCCUUACUCCGUGUGGCUCUGGCAGAGAUGUUCUGCAGUCCCGAAGUCAUUGAGGAGAAACCUGACAAGAAGUGUGCGGUCAGUGAAGCGACUCCUCCAGCCGGUGAUCUGUCUGAGGAUGUGGAUGAGGCUCAUGUGAGUGCAGUUCAGCCUCUGGGAGAAGAGGAAGGCUAUGACGCAGACAGCGAGAGUAACCCUGAGGACUCCACCCGGCAGGAGGAAGGGCUAAAGGUGGAGGCUGGAGUCUCAUUGAGGGAAUGUACAUUGGGGAUGGCAGGAGUGCCUCAGGGCUCCGUCCGCGGACGUCUGCUGUUUCCGGAGAUCUGCCUGAUGGAGCUGCAGCUGUUGGCCAGCGGUUCUCCAGACUUGGAGGUUUUGGGUCAUGUGUUGCAGAGCCUGUUAGCCGCUGUGAAAGGCCACCACAACAAUGCAGCGCAGCUCUACCAGCAGGGUGGCGUGAAAGUCAUUCUUACUGGAUUCCCGAACAUUCUCAGCCAGUCAGAUGCCUCAUAUAAAGAGUGCCAGACAGUACUGAUGGAGCUGCUUGUUGCCAUGGUGAGUGACAGGAUCACAGCAGAGGAACUUGCCCUGUUGACCCGCCUCUUCCUGGAGAAGACUCCGCCCACUGAGAUCUUGCUACGAGGCGUGCUUCAGAUCGUGGAGGCAAACACAGACACAGAACCGCUAUACUUCAUGUCCUUUCCCAUGAUCCCUGGCUCUGGGGGUCCUGGCCUGAGCCCCUCCCCUGGGACAAGGCCUCAUGGGGCGACUGCUGGUAAGGGUGGUGUAAACACUAUUCUGAGGGGUAAACUACCGCUCGGCCGUGGUGAAGCAGACAUGAGCCGACCUGGUCACCUGCGCUCCUCGCCCUGGCAUGCUGCACCCUUCCACCUGCCCUUGGUGGGACAGAACUGCUGGCCUCAUAUGGCUAGUGGAUUCAGCGCAUCGCUGUGGGUGCGGGCUGGGAAAGAUGAAGACGGACGAUCUAAGAAGGAAGAUGAAGUGUGUGUGGCAGAGGAGUCUCCUCACGGUUCUGCACACGUCACAGAGCAGCAGACGGAGCGCUGCCUCCUCCAUGUGCUCUCCAUGGGCUCUAAAGCACUGAUGCUUCAGGUGUGGGUGAACAUCUCCACUAGAGCCUUCACCUUCAGGAUCUGCAUUGAUCCCAAUGAUGAGAUGAAGGCGGGUCUUCUGGCGCAGGCGGAGUCUGGAGAUGAAGUGAUCCCAGCAGGCAGGUGGCAGCAUUUAGCCCUGACCUACACACAGCAGCCCGAGGGCAAGAAGAACAUCCAUGGUCAGCUCAGCCUCUGGGUGUGUGGCAUCAGGAAGUGUGAUGUAUCUCUAGACUUCACUCUGCCCAGGAAGUCCAGUUUGUCAUCAGAUAGCAACAAGACCUACUGUAUGCUUGGACACUAUCAGCACUCCGCAGAAGAGCAGGCCAGCCCAAGUGCACGCUGGGAUAUGGGCACACUGAUGCUCUUCAAUGGCUCUAGAAUUGACACGACCGAGGCGUUUUACCUGUACGCCAGCGGUCCUGACCUCACCUCCAUCAUGCCCUGCAAAUACGGCAAGCCUCAUGGCACACUGUCCAAGUACGUGACGCAGGAGGGUCUUCAGUGUGAGCAGAUACGAGAGCUGCUCAUGAGGAAUGCAGACGUUGACAUCUCGCCUCUUGUUGAGAGCUUAGCAGUAGUGUACACCCCCAGCACGCCGUCUCUCUACACCAUAUAUGAGCCGGUGAUCCGUCUGAAGGGUCAGGCUAAAUCAGCAGUGAUUUCCCAGCGGCCCUUCAGUGCCAAAGAGGUCCAGAGUUCCAUCCUGGAGUCUUCGUUUCUCAGGACCAUGAUGCCCUGCCAGGCUUUCGGCCUCCACAGCGCACUGCACAAGAUCGGCGGCACUGGCUCCAUUGUCUUCCUGUUUGCUCGGGCGGUGGAGUUGUGUGACUGUGAGAAAACCCAAGCUCUGGCGCUGCAGGUGCUUCUGUCUCUGGUUAAAAACAAUCAGCAUCGCACUCAUGAGAUGGAGUGUUAUCACGGUUAUUCCAUGAUUCACCAGGUGCUUAUCAAACCCAAGUGCAUUGUGGGAUAUCACAUCCUAAAGACGCUGUUAGACGGCUGCUGUAGCGGCUCCAUCCUGACGAUAGGAGAAGACGGACAGUUCCAUCUGGAUGCUGAAUCCACUGUGGUGGUGCAAGAUCUCAGACUGCUUUCUGAAAUAUUGCUGGACUGGAAGAUAUGGGCCAAAGCUCAGUGUGGUGUGUGGGAGACGCUGCUCACAGCUUUAGAGAUCCUCAUCCGGGUUCGUCAUCCUCAGCAGAUGUUCAACAUUCGACAGCUUCUGAAAGCUCAGGUGGUUCAUCGCUUUCUGCUCGCCUGCCAGGUGCUUCAGGAGCAUCGGGACGAGUACCUGACCUCCAUCCCACAGGAGGUCUGCCUCUCCUUCGUCAAAAUCAUCCAGGAGGUUUUGGGGUCUCCUCCAGAUAUGGAUCUGCUGCGGCUGGUUUAUAAUUUCCUGUUAGCCGUUCACCCCCCGACCAACACUUACGUGUGCCACACGCCGACCAGCUUUUACUUCUCUCUGCACAUCGAUGGUAAGCUGUACCAGGAGAAGGUCCAGUCCAUGAUGUACCUGCGACACUCCAGCAGUGGAGGGAAAUCCGCCUGCAGCUCAGUGGUCUCACUGUCUCCCACUGUCUUCACUGAGAUGCCUGCUGAAGUACGCCAUACGUCCUCUAUAGAGCAUGAAGACGAUUUGUCCCUGCGGCCCCGAAGCACUGGCCCAUCACCACACUCCUCUCCAGCCCUGACGCCCCGUGUUACCCAUGGACGUGUGACGGGAACCACAGAACCUGAAGGAGGAGCAUCUCUCAGUACCCAGCAGGCCCUGGGCAGCACAGAGACCCUGAAGCGGGCUGGAGACGAGCAGCUCCUCAGCAGCUGCGAAUCAGCAAAGACCAUUUGUGAUUCUCCCAUCGCAGGCGCUGAUGAAGAGGGGAGCAUUAUGGGAAACCGAACACCUUCUAUCAGUGUAGAGGAGGAGCAGGACGGGCCCGCGGGAAGCCCAGUGGAGUCAGAAGAGCAUUUCGACUGGACCAGCGAAGAAGCCCCACGCCGACCAGACAGCCUGAAAGGAAUCCAGUCUUUCCAGAGGAGCCACAGUAAUCUGGCCAGUCUGGGUUUGGCUUUUCCUGCGCAGAACGGCUCUCUGACUAUUGCACGCUGGCCCACCGUUGCUGACCGCGCCGCUCCACCUGACGACUGGGAGAGCUACACAUACUCACCCGGCUACGACCGACACAGCAAAGCAGACUCCAGUAAUGACAGGUCCAGUGCGGAGGACUGUCUGGUGCUGAUCUGCUGUGGUCUGUAUGAUCUACUGAGAGGAGUUCUGCUUCUGCUGCCGGACCUCCUGCUGGAGGAAGUGAUGGACAAACUCAUCCAGCCUGACGCUCUUCUCGUUCUGGUCAACCACCCGUCUCCCCUCAUCCAGCAGGGCGUCAUGAAGCUCCUGGACGCCUACUUCAGCCGCGCUCAGAAAGAGCAGAAGGAGAAGUUCCUGAAGAACCACGGCUUCUCACUGCUGGCCAAUCAGCUGUACCAGCACCAGGGUUCACAGGGGCUGCUGGAGUGCUUCCUGGAGAUGCUGUUCGGACGACCGGUCGGUCUCGAGGAAGAUCUGGAUCUGGAGGAUAUGGAGAACAUCUCUCCAUUCAGGAAGCGCUGUAUCAUCCCAGUGCUGGGUCUGCUGGAGAACUCUCUGUAUGAGAACUCACUGGUGCACAAUGGCCUGUGUCUGCUGCUGCAGCUCCUCAACGCCUGCCCGAAGCUGGCCGACAUCCUGCUGGACCACGGCUUACUCUACGUGCUCUUCAACACACUCUCCACCCUCAACGGCCUGGAGAACGGGAUUCCUCCGAAUGACUACAGGCUGGUGGUGUGUGACAUUCAGCAGCUGCUGGUGGCCGUCACCAUACACUCAUGCAGCUCUUCUGGAUCUCAGUACUUCCGCAUCAUUGAAGACUUGAUCACACUGUUGGGCUACAUGCAAACCAGCAAAGUUCGCCGCACACAGGAAAUGGCCCUGGCCUUGCAGUUUCGCGUGAUUCAAGCAGCGAUUGAUUUCAUUAAGACCACAGCCAAUCAGGACCCUCAGAAGUCCGGCAGUUAUGUGCAUGUGCCCACAUCACCACACCACGCUCUGCAGCAGAAACGCAAAAGCAUCGCAGGUCGUAGACGCUUCACACUGGCCCAGUCGGACUCUCUGCUGACCCGCAUGCGUUCUGUAGCCAGUGAUGAGCUGACACAGAUGAUGCAGCGCAGGAUGAGUCAAGAAAACCCCAUCAGAGCCAGCGAGACCGAGCUCAUCCAGAGAAUGCAGAGACUGGUGGUUCUGGCUGUCAACAGACUCAUUUAUCAAGACAUCAGCCAUGAUUUCUUUGACCUGCUGAACUUCCCUGAGUCUCCUGAUCACUCGAUGUCCAUGCCAACAGCAGGAGAUCAGACAUCUGAUGAGAACGGCUCCACUCCGUCUACCCCGAUCCCAGCCGGAAACAUCAAGAGCUUCCGGAAGGACAUUCUCAGACUGAUGAUGGAGGGCAUAAAGAUCGGCCUGGGCAACACUGGUCGUGGCGGCGCUCCUCGUCAGCAGUGGCGGCGAAUCCUCUGGUCCUGCCGAGACACGUUCAGAGUGCAGAUCGGCCGCAUGCUGGUGCACACCCUCAGUCCUGAACUUCCUCUGGAGGACAGGAAGGAGGCGCUAGAGUUCGUCCAUGAGCAGAACUACUCAGAGAUCCUCAGAGAAAGCCUCAGCCCUGGCCUCGAGCAUGGGCCCAAGCUGGCUCUGUAUCUGUACGAGCUGCUGCACGAUCACAAAGACGCCCUGAGUAGAGAAGAGCAGGCGGCAGGAAACACCUUCAUGACGGCUCUGAAACUCUGCGGACACCGCUGCAUCCCACCCAGCGCUCCAGCCAAACCUGACCUCCUGAAAGCCAUCAAAGAGGAGCAACUGAAGUAUGAAUCAGAGGCAAGAACCAGCAAAGGAGCCUGGGAAAAGAAGCUGUCCAACACACAGAGGAGCCUGUUGCAGAGGCUGGACGGCAAGUCGAAGGACAUCUCAAAGAUUGCGGCGGACAUCACUCAGAACGUGUCUCUCAGGCAGGGCAUGGAGAGGAAGAAGGUCAUGCAGCACAUCAGAGGCCUGUAUAAGACUGACCUGAGCGCUAGUAGACACUGGCAGGAGCUCGUCCAGCAGCUCACACACGACCGGGCGGUGUGGUACGAUCAGUCCUCUUAUCCCACUUCCUGGCAGCUGGACCCCACCGAGGGCCCGAACCGAGAGCGGAGACGCCUCCAGCGCUGCUACCUGACCAUCCCCAACAAAUAUCUGCUCAAAGACCGUCGCAAACUAGACGAUUCCAUUAAGGCUCCUCUGGCCUUCCUGUUUGAGGACAAGACUCACUCCUCUUCAUCUAUAGUGAAGGAUAAAGCCACCAGUGAGCCCAUCAGGUUCACAAGAAGGUGCGUAAGUGUGGCUCCCUCCAGAGAGACAGCAGGGGAGCUCUUACUGGGAAAAUCUGGGAUGUAUUUUGUGGAGGAAAAUGUUCCUGAGACUCACGAUAACCAGAGUCCUCAUGGAGAGACGGAGCCGGCCUCUUUCUCCUGGACGUAUGAGGAGAUAAAGGAGGUUCACAAGCGCUGGUGGCAGCUCAGAGACAACGCCAUGGAGAUCUUCCUGACCAAUGGAAGGACACUGCUGCUGGCCUUUGACAACACAAAGUUUCGUGAUGACGUCUACCACAACAUCCUGACCUCAGAUCUGCCCAACCUGCUGGAGUAUGGAAACAUCAGCGCCCUCACGCACCUCUGGAGCUCAGGACAGAUCACCAACUUUGAGUACCUGACGCAUCUCAACAAGCACGCGGGACGCUCCUUCAAUGACCUCAUGCAGUAUCCCGUCUUCCCCUUCAUCCUCAAAGAUUACACCAAUGAGACGCUCGACCUGCAGGAGGCCUCUAUUUACAGGAACCUCAGCAAGCCCAUUGCAGUGCAGUCUAAAGAGAAGGAAGACCGUUAUGUGGACAAUUACAGGUAUCUGGAGGAGGAGUAUAAGAAAGGCAAGAGAGAGGACGACCCUAUGCCCCCUGUCCAGCCUUAUCACUACGGCUCUCAUUACUCCAACAGCGGCACCGUCCUGCACUUCCUGGUCCGACUGCCUCCUUUUACCAAAAUGUUUCUGGCAUAUCAAGACCAGAGCUUUGAUAUUCCUGACCGAACCUUCCACUCCAUGAACACCACGUGGCGUCUGUCGUCCUACGAGUCCAUGACUGAUGUCAAAGAGCUCAUCCCAGAGUUCUUCUACCUGCCCGAGUUCCUGGUCAACAGAGAAGGUUUUGACUUUGGCGUGCGGCAGAACAGCGAGCGGGUCAACCAUGUGAAUCUGCCGCCGUGGGCCAGAAAUGACCCGCGACUCUUCAUCCUCAUCCACAGACAGGCUCUGGAGUCCGAUCAAGUCUCGCAGACGCUCUGCCAGUGGAUCGACCUGGUGUUUGGACUCAAGCAGAAAGGCAAAGCUGCGGUCCAGGCCAUCAACGUCUUUCAUCCUGCAACGUACUUUGGUAUGGACGUGUCUGCAGUUGAAGACCCUGUGCAGCGGCGGGCUCUAGAAACCAUGAUCAAGACGUACGGACAAACACCCAGGCAGCUGUUCAGCGCUUCUCACAUCAGCAGAGCCGGAACCAAACUGCUGUCAGAGGCUGAGCUGCCCGCCGCCAUGGGUCUGCUGGUGCAGCUGGCCUUCAGAGAGAGCCGAGAACAGCCCCGGGACAGCGGCUACCCGAGUCCUCUGCCGUGGAUAAAGGGCUUGAAAUGGGGCGAGUAUGUGGGUUCACCCAGUGCUCCGGACCCUGUGGUCUGUUUCAGUCAACCUCACGGCGAACGCUUCGGCUCCCUGCUGGCACUGCCCACACGUGCCAUCUGCGGCCUCUCACGCAAGUUCUGCCUCAUGAUGAUCUACAGCAAAGAGCAAGGUGUGAGGAGCAUGCACAGCACUGACAUACAGUGGUCUGCUAUUCUGAGCUGGGGUUACACCGACAACAUGCUGCGUCUGAAGAGCAAACAGAGCGAACCACCAAUCAACUUCAUCCAGUGCUCACCGCUGCACCAGGUGAGCAGUUGUGCCUGGGUGCCGGACAGUUGUCAGCUGUUUACAGGCAGCAAGUGUGGAGUCAUUACCGCCUACAGCAACCGCUUCACCACCACCAUGCCCACAGAGAUGGAGGUGGAGUCGCAGGUUGAUCUGUACGGACACACAGCCGAGGUCACGGGUCUGUUCGUCUGUAAACCCUACAGUAUCCUCAUCAGUGUGAGUCGGGACGGAACCUGCAUACUCUGGGAUCUCAACAGGUUGUGUUACGUACAGAGUCUCAGCGGUCACAAGAGUCCAGUGAACGCGGUGUCAGCCAGCGAGACCACCGGAGACAUCGCCACCGUCUGCGACUCAGUGGGUGGAGGAAGUGACCUGCGGCUGUGGACCAUUAAUGGAGAUCUGAUUGGUCACGUUCACUGUCGUGAGAUCAUCUGUUCAGUGGCUUUCUCCAAUCAGCCGGAGGGAGUUUCAGUCAAUGUGAUCGCAGGCGGACUGGAGAACGGGGUGGUCAGGUUGUGGAGCACGUGGGACCUGAAGCCAGUCAGAGAGAUCACGUUCCCAAAGUCCAACAGACCUAUCAUAAGUCUGACGUUCUCAUGUGACGGUCAUCAUCUAUACACGGCUAACAGUGAGGGCACGGUGAUCGCGUGGUGUCGGCGAGACCAGCAGCGCAUGAAGCUGCCCAUGUUUUACUCUUUCCUCAGCAGUUACGCCGCAGGCUGAUUCACCGAAGGAGAGAAGGAGCCAGCAUGCACAAGCCCCGCCCAUGACCAUCACAGUCUCCGCCCCCUGUUGGCAUGGGAACGCACAACAUUAACGCUGUGCUAUAAGCUACUGUAUCCUGCAGGACGGAUGUGGAGCGAGCGAACGCAGGCCUGUGAUAUUCUUGGUUUCUGUCUUGGUGUUUUUCUCAUUUCCCCAUGUGUGAUUAUUAUUUUUGAAAGCUGCUACAAUCUGGUCGGCCCAGAUCUUUCUCUUAUCGUCCCUCCUGAGAAUAUGAGUCCUGCUGUUGAAGACUGAAAUCAUCUGAACACACUACCGUCUGUAUUUUGAAUCCAGACUCGUGCAUGAGUGACGUAACGAAUGUCUGCACGUAAUGCCUUCAGAACGCUGAUAUAUUUAUUCUCCCACAAGGAUGAAAGCCACGUUUCCUUGGUCUUCGUUUAUGAAAUGCACUUGAGAGGAUCUGGAGGACCUGGAGAUGAUGUGCAGUGAAUGUCAAAGGUCACACGAGGUUCAAGUCAUGGUAAUAUUUAUUGUUUUUAUUCCAGCUCCAUCUGACGCAAAUGUCCCAGUCGCCAGUGAAAAAUACGUCAAGUUCUUAAUCAUUAAUAUAAUUGUGUUUAUCUUCUGUAUUGUUUAGUUUUGUGUAUUGUAUGUUGUGUUAAACUUUAUCUGAAACAUCAGAGAUCUAGAUAUGAUUCAACGUUUUGUCAGAUCUACCUCUAGGAGCACGUUUCUGCAUCGGGAUACAAAUAAAAAAAGGUAAUUGGG